AUGGGCUAUCGAACUCAGUCAAUACGACCGAAGAUUGCUAUAAAAGCUCAAGCUUUAGCAUAUUUUGUUGUAGAGUUUACUUCGACAACCGAAGAAGAGAAGAUGGUCACAAAAAGCAAGGAAAGAACAGACGAUACCUCCCCCACUGAUUCAAACCUACCUAAUGACAUAUGGCAGUUGCAUGUAGACGGAGCAUCAAAUCACAAAGGAGCGGGGGCAAGUGUCGUCAUAAUCACCCCAGAUGGAACUUUGUUGGAACAAGCCAUCACAUUAGGUUUUUCUGCUUCAAACAAUGAGGCAGAAUAUGAGGCAUUGCUCGCAGGACUACUCCUAGCAAAAGAACUUUCGAUCAUGAGAUUGGCCAUCUACUCAGACUCCCAAUUGAUCAAGAAUCAAGCCUCAGGCGAGUACAUGACAAAACAUCCAAGAAUGGUCCAGUACCUCGACAAAGUCUAA